CGUUUAUCAAACCUUCAUUUUAAUGGGCUACAUUCUGAGAAUCACUCUUCCUAUGUGGACAUGCGAAGGUACCAGUGGCCUGGCUUUGAGAUGCAGCUUGUGGGAGAGCUGCAGAGACAACAAAACAACUCCCAGUUCUGUGAUACCCUGCUACAAACGGAGGGUAUUUCCGUGCCCGCCCACAGUUGCGUCCUUGCAGCGCUCAGCCCUUACCUGUCUUGGAAGCUGUCGUCCUCCCCGCCUCCUCCAUCCGGCCAAAAGUAUCAGCUCCAGCUCCAGGCUGUGAAGGCCCAGACCCUGCUGAAGCUGGUUGGCCUGCUCUACUCUGGCAAGCUGGAGGUAAAAGGGAGCGCGGAGCAGAAUGACGUGCUGGCGUUAGCCUGCCAGUUUGGGAUCACAGACCUGGUAGAGGGACAGAAAGAUGGGGGAAUAUGGAGGGCAGAACUCCAGGAGAGGAGGCGGAAGAGUCCCGAGAGUGUAAGAGAGAAUGGCUUUCAAGCAGAAAAGAGAAGGAGGGAUGAAAGCGGGACAAUGAAAGAUGCCCAAGUUCAGGCUGAGAUGGAUGAAAGGAGGGAAACAGAUGCUCCAGCUGAAAAGAGAAGUUGUACAUCUACAGGAACACAGACAGUUAAAGCUGGUGAAAGGUCAUUGGUCAGGUGUAUUGAUGGCUCCACACAAGCUACACCUCCAACCCCAGAGCCUGGAGCUCAAAGUUUGGAUUUUUCUGUCAUGUUGCAACCCCAAAGCAUCACACAUCUUAAACAAUUUUCCUCCAUGUCUUGCCCAAUCAUUCCCAGCGCACCAAAUGAUGCAAACUCUCCAUUUAACCAACCCUCUAGAAUUGUGACCAAUUGCUUGUCAACUCCUGUUCUGUCCAGCGACGUGUUGGCCUUCCGCCUCUCUGUUAAUGAUGACUCAAACUCCCAAAGACAUCAGGAUGACGGCACCGUCCAGCAGUCGUCUGAGUUUGAGGACAGCGCACAGGUUUUGGCAGAGGACGGGACAAACCCUGAGAAUGGAAAAAGAAAUGGGGAGACAGGUGACUGUAGACAAGAUACAGAGCAGCCAAGCCAAUUUAACAGUUAUGAGACACCAGAGGAAGAAAGAGCAACGUCUACAGACAAGAGGCCUGUCUGUGUCGGGAUGAAGAGCCUGGCCAGGAUGAAACAGAUGCAGGAGAUGACAGAGACCACUCAGAGUUCUGUCAAGGUGAAGCUGAGGAGGAGGACCAAAGGAGAAGUGUGGGAGGUGGUGAGUGGGCAAGACACAGAUGACACCGUGUCAAGUUUUACCUCACUGAAACAGGACGAAACGCCAAACACAGAUGUUUUAAACGUCCCACCUCCUCCCUCCACUGUCCAGCCAAGCUCAGUGCAGAAUCCAGAGUCCAUCUUUCUUCAGCCUGCCACCACCAACUCCACCAAAUCACCACCUCACCCCAACACUUCCUCUGACGCCCAAACGCCCUCUAGCAACUGCUUCACCCCAAACCAAAACAAUGGCAUCGAGGCCUUCCCGCUCCCCCAGGGUCAGUGCUCUGUAGAGGAGUCCGAUGAGCAGAUAGAAAAGCUGCUAGAGGACAUCAUGAUGGGCCUCAACAUCCUGCCCAACCUGGAGAGGGACUGCAGGGUGUCCCACCACGGUCAGCAGAGCCAAGGCGGAGGAUCGUCCGUCUGCCAGGUCCCUGUUACACAUAAAGACGCAGGCCACAGUCAUAUGCAUUCUGCUGUCGGCGCAGCAGGGUGUGUGUUUUACCAGGAUUUGGGGACACCAAGUUGCUCAACAGAUACAGGUAUCCCCUGUUGUUUCACAGCUCAGAACCUGCCCAGCUGCUCAGCACUUUCAUCUGUACUACCAGACACUGCCCUGAUCCAACAGCAGCAGGAGUGCUCUUCACAGUAUCACUCAUCUGUCAGAUCCACGUGGCAACAACUGUCCAAUCCUCAAGAAAGUGUACGACCCGCUGCACCUACAGCGAGAUCCCUCAUACCCUCAGCUUUCUACUCCGCCGGGCAGAAAAUUCAUUACCCAGCAUUCCAGGAACGACAAAAUCCCAACCUUGACAUUUUCCCCCUGACAAAUGGAAAUGAGCCUCAGUCCAUUCAUACUCUGCCCUUACCGUACAUGGCUGAUUUCCGACUUCCUCGAUGUCUCUCUCCCUUAGAGCCGUGUACUUCAUCAACAAAAUAUCCGUUUGCCCUCAACAACUCAAUGAACAUCGGCAAUACAUUUGAGCAGCAGCCAUCUCUACAAAGGCGACCCUGGCUCACAGUAAACCCUGCAUCACUGCAGUUCCCUCUGAGUAGUAUGACUCACAGAAAAAAUGAAAGUGCGUCUUUACCACAGGAUACAAGUGGCAGCUGUUGGUCAAAGCUAAGACAAGAAAAUAUGGAGUUGAAUCUGCUGAAUGGAGAAACCUUGACAGGAGGAUCUUGUACUGCGAAAGAAGUAGCCGAGAGAAAAACUGCAUCUGCUGAUGAACAAAAUCCCCUGGAGCUUAAAUUUAAACCCAGGAAGAUGAAAGAACGUGACGCUACAGGUAAAAGAAAGAAGAUAAAGUGCACCAGUCAUCCACAGGAUGCUGCUGGUUCUAUAUUGACAUACAAAGAUGUGAAAAUCAGUGAUACAACGAAGAGCAAAUUGAACUUGAGCAUUUGUAAAGUCAGUUUGUCGAGCAACAAUUUGCUGGCGAAGGAAAGAGAAAAGGCCGUAAGCGCUUUGAACAUUCCAUCAAAUCCAAAUCAGUCGAUGUUCGUCGGAGAAAGUCUAAAAAAGAACGCCAGGCGGUCUGGGUUGAGCACUGAGCAGACUCGGGUCAAAACCAGGGGUUUUGUAAAAACAAACCAAGAGUCACUGAGUGACACAGGCCCAGAAAAUGAUGUAGCUGCACAACCUGUGGCCCAGAGAGUUGUGAAUAACAGAGUCAUACAGCGAAAACGUGGAAGACCAUCAAAAACAAAACCUCCAGAUCUUACCCCUCCUAACAACAACCCUGCUGUGGACAAAAAGGACAGCCACGAUGAAGGACGUCAUCUGCAGACAGUCAGGUUGCCAAAGGACGAUUUGGAAAAGGGGGACAAGACAAAGCAAAGAUGCAAAAAAAGGAUGAAUAAAAGUAUAGAAGCAGUAGAGGUUCCACUGAAGAAGUCUAUAAAGAUAAAUGGCCAACCUGAGGCAGACAUUACUGACAUAAACCCAGAUGUUAGAAAGCCUGGGGUCCCCAAACAGCCACGAAUGGUUAUUCUGAAGGAGUUUCAGAAGCUUAUUAACAGUAAAAACUCAAAGAUGAGGAAGUCAAAAGAAAACCAGCAAACGAAUAAACCGGAACGAGCUGCAGAGAGUGAAGGGCUGGCUAGCUUCGACAGCACAUUUAAAAAAUCCACUGAGGUGUUCGUGAAGGACGUGGACACUUUUCAGCCUCUGGACAGGAGCAGGAGUGAAGACUCUCAGGCCGUGGUCACAAUCGAUAGAAAUCACAAUCAAGUCUUCAACGAAUCAACAGACAAGAAAAGUAAAUCUCAGCGAGAAGAAAGCGGCAGCUCUAAGAGUAAGGAGACCGGUCUGACAUGUGGUGAACAGCUACCGGUCUUUUCCUUUGGGGCUUUGACAGAAGUGUCCGAGUUGUCAGCAGACAGGGAGCAGCCGCUGAAGAACCCUGAUGAAGGAGCGUCAAAUACAACACAGCAGACUGCCAUCCAUGAUGACGGAGGCUCGUCUCCCAGUGACCUGCCUCAGAAACACAAUCCAUUCGGUUACAACUUGCCGCCCCAGACACCUGAGAAAACUAGUCCACAUCUGUCAGAGGCUGCUGGGAUCAGCAGGACCCCAGGCUGUGAGGAGGAGGAGGUGGAGGUGGAGGAGGUGGAGGAGGUGGAUGUCCUGCUUUACUCUCCAGUCAAACUGCAGAUCAGAGAGGAUGGACUCCACAACAUGGAGAUAAUACCAGAUGAAGAGGAGGAGGAAGACAUGAAUGAUAUUGACGUGACUGGAGAUGAGGCAGAUUAAAGUCCCGAUACAGUUUUAUGUUCUCUAUGUUCAGAUUUUAUUCACACAGACGUGAAGUGUGUAAAUAAUAGAUUUCGUCUGUGCAUUUUUGUUUCUUUGUUUCACAGGUUCAUUGAGUUCAGCAGACUAGGUUGGAAGAGUUGUUUUGUUUUGAUUAACAAUAAGUUAAAGCAUUUAUACAAGUCUGAGAAAAGUUCUUAAUGUUGUUUACAUGUUUGUUAAUGUAAUAAUUUUACAUUUCGAGUGAAAUGUGAAUGUUCAGCCCGUUAAGGAUUAGAAGCACCUCAGUGACGUCACCUCUGUGUCAGUAACAAACCUUACCUGAGCCUUUAUCUGUGUGGAAAACAUGAUUAUGGUCAUAAUAAAAAACGGGCUGUCUUUUCAUGCAAGGGUUUUU